AUGGCUGGCUUAGCCAGGUCCAUCAACGGCGAACAAGCGGUUGCCGUGACAAAAUCAGCACCGGAUGCCUCGGGAACUCUCAACAGUCUUGCGGAAAAUGCCCUGACUGAGCUUGGUAUCAGUCGUGCUCUCGUGGAGGACGCAUAUGCCUGCACCCCGGUGCAGGAGGGCAUACUGCUUGCCUGCAUUCGCCAACCUCUUUGUCGGCAUGGCGCUCUCUUGUUCGCCGUCAUCCCACGCUCCGAACUAUCUUUGGUUCCCGGAGGUGGCAGUGGAUCGGCAUUCAGGGAAGAAAAAAAAAAUGGCGUCACCAUCCCGACAUUGAUGCAGGCCGCCUGGGCCACGGUCCUCCGCACCUACACGCAGACCGGAGACGUCUGCUUUGAAUAUUUGGCCUCGGGUCGUGACGAGCCGGCGAAUUCCACGGCGGUACCGUUUGCAUUUCCGUCCGAAGAGGCUCGUAUCAACGGCCUCGUCGGCGUUAUGAACGCCAUGAACUUUGAAGAAUAUAUCACGCCCCCGCCCAGUGUGAAUCCGGAAGACUUUAUUGGCACAGCCGUACCACCUCCCGUAACCACUGCGGCCCUCGGGUACCCCAGACAUGGAUUGGCCCGUGUUGUUGUAAUGACCCGGUGA